GGCUAACUCUUAAAUACAUUUGAAAGUCCUAACCUACUAUGGCGCUCUCGACAAAGCUCCGUGCUCCCCAGACCGCUGGUUCACGGCCCGCACCGUUCACUGCUGCGUCACGCGUUGUCGCAAGGGCAGCAGGUACAACUUGCCAGCCUCAAGUGGAAGAUGCUCCGUCUUUGCAGCUUGACAGGCGAACCAUGCUGUUGUCCAUCGCGGGAAUGGGCAUGGCAAUGUGCUCUGGUGUGUCGCCUGUGAAGGCGGCCGAUGGAGAGUUCUCUACCUUCCUGGGCUACGACCGACCCCCCACCAGCUACGGAGGCUACGGCGGUAACGCCAAUGAGACCCCGCGCUACACCUUCGAGUACCCAACAGCAUGGAAGCCGGACAUGCCAAACAAGGUGGAGAAGGGCACGCAGGGUAUUGAUGGGCGCGUGGUGAACCCUCGCAGCAAGGACCAGCGUGCCUUCGUCAUCACUCUGUCCCGCGCGGGCGAGGACAACAAGUCCUUCCGCCUGACUGACCUGGAAUCCACCCUCAACAGCUUCGCGGGGGCGGACUACGACCUGCAGGACGCACUGGCCGGCGCCACCAACCGCUCUACUUCCUCUCGUGAGGUGGACGGCAACCUCUUCUACGACUAUGACAUUGAGUCGCCGGAGUACCACUACCUCGCCACCAUCACCGUGUCCAAGGGCAAGGUGUUUGCGGUCUUCGUGCGCUCACCCACCAAGAGCUUUGCCGCCAACGAGUCGAAGCUUCGUCAGAUCAUCAGCUCCUUCAGGCUCCUCUGAUAGCUAGGAUGCGAAGGUUACAAGAGGGACCGGAGCUCCCGUAAGCCAGGAGCCGUACAAGAGCUAGGCGGCCCUCCGCAUGUACGGCAUGCUUGCAUGUCUGCCUGGAUGUCUGAUGGGACUAUUGGGGGCGAGGAGAUCCGCUGUGUGGCGCAGUUGGUUAUAAUCCGGUUGCUGUGGAGCAGUUGGUUCUAUAGGAAUUGUGACCGUUAUCACUCUACUCGGUGCCUUGCCGACUACCAUGAAUGUUUAAAUGUAUGUUAUAUGGUUGGCAUGAUGGAUGGUUGGCAUGGUGGAUGGUUGGGUCACCCUGUGUUGACACAUAAUAUCUCCGGGAAAGGUACGACAUGAUAUGUACGUACUCCCCAGUAUGGCCAAGACUGUGCUGUCCAAAGGGCAGUCAGGGGUUGAGGAGGAUACGGUAGGUGGUCCGGAAACGACAAGAGGUAGCGGUAGUUGAAUGGUAUUCUGCCGCUGGGGGAGAAGCAGUCAUGGGGCUUGAGGAGCAAAUGAUGUGCUUGAGCUGAAGUGGGGGUUGUGGCACUCUGGUGGUUGUGAUGGUUGCACACUCGUACCACCACCACCUGGACGGAAGACUGCCGGAUCCGCUGGAAGGACAACGUGUCGUAAUCAGGGUUUGCUG